AUGGUUGAGAAAGACGACAUCGAGUCACUCCUAAAGACGGGUUCAUGGAGAACCGCCCGCUCACGGAGCCCCAACUCUCACGAUCCACAACAUCGGGCGUACGAACCCAGAAAACCAAACAUCGGUGUUCCCAGACCAGCAGAACUGGCAUCUCGCAGCAAACGGCCGCCUCCCCCGUGCGUCGAAGAUGAGGCCGAAUCUUUGGCAAAGGAGCACAUUGGCUCUGUUGAAUCGACCACUACAGACGAGGAUCCCAAACAUCGCGGCGAGAUAGACCAGCAGCCGCUUCUGCUUCCCGUACACGAGCAUAACCCCGAGCGUAGAUUCGUUGUGGUGCCGGGCGCAGCUGUUCAGGACGCCCCCAAGACCACCCAGGCUCGGUACGAGGCGAACACAUGUCGAAAGUUUGUGCUUGUCAGCCCCGAGAAGGGCGCAGAGAGUGGAGGAAGCGGCAAGGAGGAUAAGAAAGCAGAGGAUGACUUGACGGAAAGGGCUGGCCGACCUGAAGACACCUCCGGCCGACCCAAGGAGAGGCCCGAUAUUCAAAAGCGGAAGAGUCACCAGGAUCUGCCGCGCCUCAACACAGAGUUCGAACAUCCAGAACCCUCGAUCCGCCGGUCAAGCAGUCGACGUGACCGGGAGAAACCUGUCGUGCAUCAAGAAGACCAAGAUUACCCGUCAGCUCGCGACAAAUCCAGUGCCAGACCGCCUGACAGCGCCUUUCUUUCCCCCGCCGCCGGAGGGCACACGUCCAAGAGACGCGACCGGGCCUACUCGGACACCAGGAGGUCCGGCCGUAGCCCCUCAACGAGGAGGGAUGCCGAGGUGGAAGUGUCUGGCAGAAGGCGGCCGCAGCAUUCCCGGAAAUACCCGCCGGCCCCGGCUCUUCGCCGGCGCGCCUCGUCCUCCACAAAUGCUGCAGAUUGCGAUAGUCUGCCUGCGGAGAGGCCAAGGUCUUUCAUCCAACCUGGCUACGGCGAUCCCGACGACAUUAUGGCUUUCAUGGCCCCUGGCGUUGCCUUCAUGCAAGGAAGAAACACUUCGCCGCCCAGAAAGGCUCGCGAUAGCCCUUCUCCGCCUCACCCGCGUGGUGCACGGGAGAUGCCUGGUUCGUUGCCCAGCCGCAGUCGCCCACCUCGGUCCACAGCCCGAGAGCAAGACGGCUACUCGAGCGAUGACAGUUACAAGUCAAGGCGCCCCAACCGGUCUGAGCGCCCGUACCCCGAAAGAUCCGUAGUAGAGCCGGACUACCCGUCGAUGCUGUCGCCUGACCAGGCCCGGCGCCCGAAUCCGAGACUCGGAGCUGCAGUUCCGCCUUCGGCAGCUGCUAAGCCAGCCUCUAUCCCGGAUGACCCACUGCAACCGAGCCCGAGGAGCUCAACCUUCCCCGCCGAUAAGAGUAGAAGAGUUGGCGAGCGCUCCGUGUCCCCUCCUCCUGCAGCCAGCACAUUGUCAUCGAGACGGCCGGUUCGGGAGAUCACAAGUACGCAGUCAAAAACGCAUUCUCGGGAUGCAAGCGUUGGCUCCGCUUCUAACGGCUCUGCCUCGCUCCCGCCUUCCGCCCCAGGCUCGCUUCCUCGAACAAGUACUCUGGAGCGUUCCAUACCCGGCUCACUAGCGUCGCUUGCGCGGCAAGAAACCUCUGAUGCGCAAUUCUCCACGCUUUACUCUCAGCCCGGUCGUCCUGGUGACGCAGUUGACGACGUGACGCGCCACGCGCUAGCCCGCCUUCCGGAGUGCCGAUGGAAGCACCCCGUAACCGUUCGACUCAGAUCGAGCAGAGACCAGUUCUUCACACUGAAGCGAGCUGAAAACUUCACCGUGUGCUCUGACUGCUACGGCGAGCUGUUCGCUAAUUCCGAGUUUCAGCAUCUGUUUGUCCCGGCUAUCUUCCGCUCCAGGGACCAAAUCAUGACGUGCGACUUUGGCUCCUCGCCGUGGUACCGCAUCGCUUACAUUCUGACCCUAACGCAUCGGUAUCCGGAUCUGCGCCUGUUGCAAGGGAUAGCAUCCGUCGCAGCACGGUCGCAGCCCUGCGCCGGAGGCCAGCUCGCUUCUCGCAUCUGGUACAGCAUGAUGGCACCCAACUCGAGGAGGCCAAUACAGACCUUCAACGUCUGCUUCAGUUGUGCCAAGAUGGUCGAGGUCCUCCUUCCUAACCUGGCGGGGGUCUUCGUACCGCUGGGCUCGCACGAACCGACGAGAGGUGUCUGCGAACUGUAUUUUGCGCCGGACCGCAAACGCUUCUACGACUACUUUGAUGAAAUGAAGGCGACAUCGGCUCUAGCACUCAGUCGCCGGACGGCCCCCGACCUCAUCGAGCUUGUGGAUCGCAUUAGGGACAUUUCGCUUCACGAGGAGUGCCUGCGCAAUACCCCAAUACCGAACCGCAAGUGGCACGUUCUAGAACGGGUCCCCGAGUUCACCGUGUGCGAGGAGUGCUUCAACACAGUAGUUUGGCCCAUGAUUGAGGAUGAGGAGAACGGCAGCGAGCUGCCUCGAAACUUUUAUAAGUACAAGCAGACCAAGCCCGUGGCUUCGUGCCAGUUGUACAGCGACCGUAUGCGCCGGGUGUUUUUGGAGGCGUGCCAACAUGACGACUUUAAGUUCCUCGCCUCCUGCGUGCUCCACAGGAUGAGGGUGAUGGCCCAAGUAAAGGCGAGAUACAACGAGCUGCAGAGGGAGGACCAGGAGGACCCCAAAGUGCAGGAUGAGCUCAGGGCUCUGGCGAAAGAGCUGCGGGAGGUAGAGUAG